AUGAAGCUCAACGGCUUGGAAGCCCGAGCAGCAGCAUUCACUGCGGCCAUCUGGGCUUGCUCCAAGAAAGAAGAUGGGUCACUACAGGCUCAACGCGAAGAUUUGGCCUUUCAGCUACUCGGUGAAAUGCAGGCCGGGCGAAUCCGGCCAUACGACGGCACCUGUGCGGCUCUGGUGGCAUGUGAACUCGGCUGGCCCCGAGCUUUGGGCCAUGUCGUUCGGAUGCGAGCUGAUGGAAUCCGGCGCAUGCCGCGGGCGCACAUCGCUGCAGCGUCUCUCUGCGAGUCCAUGGAGGGAAACUGGGCAAUGUCACUGGAACUGCUGGAGACGUCACGGCAGUCGACCGACCUGUCUGAAGCUGCAACACUGCCAGAAGUGUUUCCAACUCAAAGGUCUGCCUUCUGUCGAGGCCGACAAUGGAGUUUUGCGAUCGGGGCACAUCUCGAAGCGAAGCGUCACCAACUGACUGCGUCGCUGCAUGCAUACAAUCAGCUCAUGAAGGCCUGCAGCGCCAGGGCAGGACAUUGGCAAGAAGUGUUGGGCCUGUUGAGUGAGAUGUGUGACGAGGACCUGGCACCCAAUGGCGAAAGCUAUGAAACGGCGUUAAGGUGCUGCAGUGAUGCAUCUGAGUGGGCAUUGGUCGUGCAGCUCUAUGAAGAGCUCACCCUCUACAAUUUGCCAAGACAACGGGUCCAUGCCCUGGCAGCCAAUGCAUGCAUACAGCUUGGUGAUCAGCUUCGCCUCGCAGCCUUCAGCGAUCCAGGGCCAGGGAUCAGGGAAGUACCGGCGUAG